CCCACAAUUGUUAUUCAACCGAAACCUGUAGGCAGCUGCGUUGAGGAUGAGCCGGUGAGCUUCCGCCUUCAAUAUGAGCCCUCCAAUGAUCCUAACCUUGUCGUUCAUUGGUAUAAAGACGGUGAGCCACUGACAAAUGGCACUCGCUUCCAUGUGGAAUACGAACGUGGUGUUGCGAGUCUAUUGAUUCGUCAUACCAUCCCCGAGGAUAGCGGAACCUACGCUUGCAAAAUCGCGAACUCCGCAGGCACGAUCGAGAGUGACCAUCUGGAUCUGCAAUGCUCUCCCAGCGCUGCGAUUAUUACGCAGAGCAAUCUUCUUGAGGGCUCCGAGGGUUUCAAGCUCAUUCAGGCUAUCGAACAUGGAAGUUCUGCUUAUGACAGCUCCACGAGGUAUGCGGAUGAGGAGCAGACACCCACCAGCCCCACCAUCGACGUAGAGCCAAAACCGGCGGAGAUUAUUUUGGGCUCACCAGUUCGCUUUUUAGUUCGUAUGAGCGGUCAUCCCACUCCCGAAAUUGAGUGGUUCAUUGAUGGACAAAGUGUACACCAGGAUUCGUUGAUUAAAGUGCUGAGCGAUGGGGGUAUCAGUGUGCUAGAGAUAAACAAGAUAGAAAUCAGUCUUGGUCAGCAUGAAAUUCGAGUUCGCGGUGUCAACAGUCAAGGCACAGUGGAGGCAAACACGGAAAUGAUAGUACAUCCGGCCGACUACAAACUGCCUGAUCUAAAGCACGUGAUGCCUGAGAAUCCCUUUAGGCGACAAGCUCAAUUGAAGCACGUGCAGCGCACUGAAGAGCUAAGCAAGGCCUUUUCUAAAGCCAAACCCAAGCCUGAACAGAUUAUACAUAUGGAACAAACUUCGGAGUUACGCGCCAAAACCUUCCGCUCGCCUGAGGUCGUCGCUGCUGAGGAACUCCUGAGCAAAGUUACUACUGGUCUUCGCAAGUCCAAUAGGACUGUUGCGAAACAUGGAACUGAGUUCAGAUUCUAG